GAUUAAGGACAUUGCCAAACUUCUUUGCUGGGAGAAGAAACAUGACAAGGGUGAAAUUGCCAUUUGGCAAAAGAGGGUCAAUGAUGAAGCUUGCCAUGGUAGGCGAGAUGAUUCCAGUUUCUACAAGGCUGGAGAAGCUAAUGAUGUAUGAUACAAGAAAAUGGAUGCAUGCAUUACUCCUUAUCCAGAUGUUAGUAGCCCAGAAGAAGUCGCAGGUGGGAAACUGAAGCCAUUCCCAGAGAGGCUACAUGCAGUCCCUCCUAGAAUUGCUAGUGGAAGUGUUCCUGGAGUUUCUGUAGAGACAUACCAAGAGGACAACCAGAAGUGGACGAAGCAUGUUGAUGCUUAUAGGAAAAUCAAUAGGCUUAUAGAUUCUGGGCGGUAUCGUAAUAUUUUGGACAUGAAUGCUGGGUUGGGAGGGUUUGCUGUUGCCCUUGAUUCUUCCAAAUUGUGGGUUAUGAAUGUCAUUCCCACCAUAGCAGAGAAAAAUACCCUGGGUGUCAUAUACGAGCGUGGAUUAAUUGGCAUCUACCAUGACUGGUGUGAGGCUUUCUCGACAUACCCGAGGACAUAUGAUCUCAUUCAUGCCAAUGGUCUUUUCAGUUUGUACCAGGACAAAUGUAGUCUGGAGGACGUUCAAUUGGAGAUGGACCGAAUUUUGAGUCCAGAAGGUGCGGUUAUAUUCCGGGACGAGGUAGAUGUUCUCAUUAAAGUGAAGAAGAUAACAGCAGGAAUGAGGUGGGACACUAAGAUGGUUGAUCAUGAAGAUGGCCCUUUGAUUCCUGAGAAGGAAUUGGUUGCCGUCAAACAAUAUUGGGUUGAAGGUGGAAACUCAACAGCUGCAUAG